AUGUCCACUACCAUCCAAAGCAGCCAGGAGCCUUUGCUUGAAGAAAAUCAGUUCAAAUUCAGAGAUCUGUUUUCAGAAUUCUCAAGAAAUGCUAUUCAUGUUGCAGUUGGUUUAAUUAUUCAAGUCCAAAUUAGAUCAAUGAAUCUAAUAUUUUUAUCUGAUAAAGAUAUUAAAAUUUCUGCUGGAGUUGGGCUAGGGAAUAUGUGAGCAAACAUGACUGCAAAUGCAUUUUCUCUUGGACUUGCUGGAGGACUAGAUACUUUAUGUUCAAAAGCUUACGGAAAACAAAAAUAUCUAAAGGUUGGAAAUUGAUUAAACAGAGGAAUAGUUGUUAUGAUGAUUUUCUAUCUAUUUGGGAUAAGCACAUGAUUUUAUGUGAAGCACAUUAUGGUGCUAAUAAAUAUAAAUGAAGAAGUAGCUGAAUACUGUGAGGAUUUUUUGUAUGGCUCUGCGAUUGGAUUUUUCUUCUCUUACUUAUAUGAAGCAUACAAGCGAUAUUUUCAAGCACAAGGGGUUUUUUGGCCUUGAAUGACAAUUGGGUGCAUUACGGGAGUUGUUCAUUCUUUAUGGGCUUAUAUUUUUAUAGUAGUAUUUGAUUUUAAAGCUUUUGGUGCUGGCUGUGCUACAUCAAUAACGUAUUGCUUGCUCCCCCCCUCAGUGAGUGAACAAAAACAUUGGAAAAAUCCUUAUUUUUUGUGGUCAAAAACCUGCCUUCUAAGUGAACAAAAAAGUUUUAUAAAAAAAAUUUUUUAUAUAUAAGUGAUAGUUAGUAUAAUGAAAUCUCUAGCUAAUUCUGAUGAAUUUUAGAGCAUAUAUUUUACAAAUAAAUUAAUUUUUGGUUAUAGAAUUUUCCCAUAGAUGGCGCUGCUUGCCCUUGAUUUGCCCACUGUGAAAAUUUUUGGUUCGACCAGUACCAUAUGGUUUGGUUAAACCAAAAAAUUUUCCUAGUGGGCAAACCAAAGGCAAACACAGCGCCAUCUAUGGGAAAAUUCUAUACCAAUUUUUAAUUGGGAUUUUUUUUAAAUUUUAAAAAAAAUUUAAUCCCUUCAUAUCGAAAAAAAUUUUUUUUGCUCACUCACUGAGGGUUGGGAGAGUUUAAACUUUUUGCUGCUUUUGCUUUAUAAUCAUAUUUACAAAUUUGAUAAAAAAUCUAAAUCACCUUGGACAACCAGGAAGUUUUGGAAGCAGGAAAAAAUGUUCCUGAAAAUAGCAUUUUCUUCAGCGCUUUUAUAUUUCUUCGUAUUUUUCAACUAUGAAAUUGGGCAUAUAGAAGCAGGGCAGCUCAGUGUCCCAAUCCAAACAGCUCAUGUAUGCAUGGUAAGUUUAAGCUCUGUCAUAUUUAUGAUACCAGUAGCAAGUGGACAAACUGUUGCUGUGUCUGUUGGUAAAGCAUUGGGAGCGGGCAACAGAAAAAAAGCUCAUAAUUAUGUAAAUGCUUCGUUUUUAUUCCUACUCCUAACAGUAUUUCCUUUAUCUGCUUUAACAGUCAUUUUAAGAAACAUAUGGCCGGCUUAUUUUUCCACUGUAAAAAUCAUAUAGGAUCUUGAAGUGCAAGAAAUUGCGGCUAAUACUUGCUGGAUGCUGGGGAUACUUCUAAUGGCAACUGCAUGCGAAACAAAUCUUCAAGGAGUUCUUAGAGGAAUUGGAUUACAAAAUAAAGCUGCAAUAGUAUUUUUGCUGAUAUACUAUGUAGUGGGAAUGCCAUCAGGAGUUUUGUUUACAUUUAUUUUUGAAUGGAAUCUGAGUGGAAUUUGGGGAGGGUAAUAGUCAUAUAGUUUUAUUGUUGCUGAGUCUUUGGCAUCAAUAGGUAUGCUAGCUUUGCUGAAAAAAGUAGAUUGGCUAAGCGUAAAACACAAAUAA